CAAGGGUAGCACCAGACCUCAAUUUUUGAAGCCUCUAUAUUGCAGGCUUUUGAAACUUUUUUAAAACAAGAAACGAAGGAAUUUUUGUUGAGAUCGGGGUUGAAGGGUGGCAAUAAUGGCAUCCGUCGCCACAAUUGUUCGCGUAAGCGCCAUUCUUCUCUUGUGCUUAGCUCUUCAGGGUUGCGACGGCAAGGUUCCAUUUAAUGCGGCGGAGGCUCUAGCUAAAGCUAGAGCUGCCGCAGUCGGCAAUGUAGGCCCUGAUGUCAAACAUUUUAACGUGUUAGAUUAUGGUGCAAAGGCUGAUGGAAAGACGGAUAGCUCAAUUAAUUUUAUCAGGGCAUUCAAGGCUGCAUGCAAUUACAAUGGAAAUGCUAUGAUGGUCAUCCCUGACGGGAACUUCUUGAUAGGACCUGUCAUAUUUUCAGGACCCUGCUUCAAUCCAUCUCCCCUAAUUAUUCAAGCUAAUGGAAUGGUCAAAGCACAAUCUGAUAUUUCCUACUACGCCGGUGGAGCAGAUGAUACAGAUUGGAUCACAUUCCAAAGCAUUGACGGCUUGAUUCUCACUGGACACGGUACUUUCCAUGGCCAAGGUGCUGAGGUAUGGAAGUACAAUAACUGUGGCAAGAAGUCUAACUGCGUCCGUCUGCCAGCCACAUUGAAAUUCAUCAAGGUAAACGAUGCAAUCAUACGCGGCAUAACAUCCAUUGACCCCAAAGGGUUCCACUUCUUCAUCAGCAUGAGCCAAAACUUCAGGAUAUUCAACAUUAAGUUGGUUGCCCCUGCAGAAAGCCCCAACACUGAUGGCAUUCACAUGAGUAAAUCGAACCUGGUGAAAAUAUCCAAAAGCAUCGUUGCCACAGGCGAUGAUUGCGUCUCUAUGAUCCAAGGAUCCACCAACAUCAGCAUCAAGAAAGUAUUUUGUGGCCCUGGCCAUGGCUUCAGUAUCGGUAGCCUUGGACACUAUGAUGCUGAGGCAGAUGUACAGGGGAUAGUCGUGAAGAACUGCUCGCUAACAGACACAGACAAUGGACUUAGAAUCAAAACAUACAAAAAGUCAUCCCCAAGCAAAGCCUCAGGCAUAAUUUUCCGAGACAUCGUCAUGACACGAGUUAAGAACCCCAUCAUCAUAGAUCAAGAAUAUGGAAACAGGAGAAGCAAUGAGCCAUCAAAAGUAAGCAUUAGUGACGUUUUCUACACAAACAUCAGGGGAACUACAAUUAGCAAAGUUGCAGUCGAUCUAACUUGCAGUUCGUCAAAUCCUUGCCAAGGAAUUCACUUAAACAAUGUCAACUUGCAGUAUGCUGGUAGUCCAAAUGGCGACCUGCCUUUCAGCUCUAAUUGUGUCAAUGCGAAAGUUGCCUAUAUUGGAGCCCAAAGCCCUCUCCCUUGCCAUUAGGCCCUUACUGUCAAAACUACAAUCCUUUCCAUCUGAGUGAAGGAAUUGUUGGUAUUAUGGAGUAUAUCAUUGUAAGAGAGGAGAAUCAGUGGAUCUAGUGUACAACUGAUGUAAGGAGCAUCUCAGCCAAUUGUAAUUCCCGGUGUUAAGCGUAAAUUAAUUCCACACGAAGUUGAUACAAGGUUUUGAUCGA